GCAAAGAAGUGUAGGCAGGCACGAGGCAAAUAUGAACUUACAAUUAGAUCAUACGACGACCUUCCUGUUUUGUGUUUUGAUGAACUAAAACUUUAACUUUCUUCCUUUCACGAAAUUUUAAUUAUUUUUUUUAAGUUUUACCUGUUUAAAAAUUUCUAUCUUUUCGUCAGUUUAAUUGCCGACGUUCUUUGGAAAUCAACAAAAUCUAGAAAGAUGGAUAAAAUAAGCCUCCAGAUCUCAUCUUUAACGUCAAUUUCGUCGUCGACAAAAGGGAAAUCGUCUUUGUCGCCCCCAUCGAGGAGAUCGUCUUCGUCCACUGCACUGACUGAAUUUAAAGUACCAGCAGAUCAUCCACACAAAAAGAAAAAGGUUUUAGAAGAGGACAAAUACGUUGAGGAACUGGAAAAGAUAAUCCAACGCGAUUUUUUCCCCGAUUUGGAGAAACUCCAGGCGCAGAAUGCAUAUCAUAAUGCUGUUGAAAAUAAUGACAUUCACAUGUUGAGAGAGCUGUAUUCGAAAUAUUCGUUCGGAGCAACUCCUCGCUUGCAUGACAAGUCCAACCGUAAUACCCCAUCCAGUUUUGAAACACCUACACCGUCCGGCUUGGGAAUGGGAAAACAGGGCCAGAAAGCUCCCGAUCCAGGAGAGUCUACACCAACCCACCUUCCCAUGGCUCCGAGACCCGGGGAGGAUGCCAAAUCCGUCUCUUCCAAGAGUGCAAAUGAUUCUACGACCUCCUCGAUAAGUUUGAAUACGUUUUUGGCCAAGUAUACUUCUGAAGAUAAUCAAAGUUUCCAAGAGAUUUUAGAAAAUUCAGAAAAGAAACAUAAAAUCAAGUAUUCCUGGUUAUACGGCAAGGAAGACGAGCAUGCUGAAAAGUUUGCCAUAUCAAAUGCUUUACCAUCGAUAGAAAGCCAGGCGGAAUAUGAAAAACCACUCUCUGUAGAUGGGUGGACGUACAAGAAUUUAAAUUAUUUGAUGUACACUCCAGACGGAGCACCAUAUACUCCUGAGGAACAAGUUCAGUUGGCUAAAAAGGUUCCCAAAGUAUUUUAUAAAAAUACCAGAUUUGAUGAAGCACCUUUCAAAGGGGAGACCUCUGGAAAAUCUGGCACACCUUCCACCAACUUGUUGAAGAGACCGUCAACGAAAAUAGGGGUGGACGGGAAAGAAAUUGAGACAGAUACCCCAAAGGUUAAUGGGUUUUCUUUCGUGCGAACACCAUCACCCACUCCUGGUGUAGAAGAGUCACCCUUUCUAACUUGGGGAGAAAUCGAAGGAACUCCGUUUCGCCUUGACGGGGCUGACACAAUCCCUGUUGACAAUGCAACCAAACCAUACCGCAUGUUGGAGACAACCAAAAGGGAAAAAAUUGCAAUGCAACUACAGGAAAAAGUGUCUGAACGAUACCGCGAUCGGAAAUUGAAAGCCAUUGAAACGGCGAAAAAUAAUCUUGCAUCGCCACGACCACGAAGUUCACUGGAUAGGCUGAGUACAAUGUCCCCUGCUGCUCGUCGCCUAGUUGGUAGCCAUUUUGGAAGCUUAAGAGAUAAAACCCUAGCAGCGUCAUAUACGCCAAAGCCGUCAACCCCCAAAGUUUUAACUCCCGCAUCUCUAGCUGCCACACCUUAUGGUAAUAGUGGCUCAUCAUUUAUUCCCACGCCAACACCACCACGCUCCACCAGAACACCUACGCUAGGACCGUCUUCGUCAUCCAAUAAUUCAUCAAAUCACAAGAGAAGAGCGGCAGACUUUUUCUAAGCAUUGUUAUUUUUUGUUAUAAGUAUGUGAAAUUAUUUAUAUUUACCAAAAAAUAAUAAUAUGAUAAUGGAAAUGUAUUUAUGAGAUGAUGUCACUUCAUAUACAUAAUUUUGAUUACAAUAAAAUGCACACACAUAAUAUGAGUA